UCCAAGGCCAAGAGAUUCCGGUGUGGAAGGAACGAGUCAAUACAGGUGGAAACCCUUAUAAACUCGGAAACGGCUGGGCCCACCGGCACCGGGGCGAGGGUAAGGAGACGGAGGUGGUCACGUGCAAGACCACGGCGCAGGCGGGCUAGCGGAGCGUUCUGAGUGGGAGACCGGACCGCCAGGCAGGGGGCGGGGCUUGUUGUGGGCGGGGCCCUCCCCGGUGCUCACGUCCCGGCGCGGUGGCCCGGGCGACUCAGGCCUAGCGUAGGUUGGAGCGUGGUUAGUUUUGAGGCAGUCCAGAUGGGGACGCUACCAGAACGAAAAGAUAUUCCUUCGUGGGUGAAAGCUCCCGAAGACUUGAAAGAUCCCGAGGUGUUGCAGGUCCAGACGCAGCUCUUGGAAGCUAUGUUUGGCCCAGCUGGAUCUCGAAUCCCGUACAUCGAGCAAGUGAGCAAAGUCAUGCUCGAGCUAAAGGUUCUGGAAUCCUCGGAGCUCACGGAGAUCGUGGUUUAUGGCUCUUACUUGUAUAAGCUCAGGGCCAAGUGGAUGCUCCAGUCCAUGGCCGAAUGGCACCGCCAGCGGCAGGAACGAGGGAUGCUCAAACUUGAGGAUGCCAUGAAAGCCCUAGAGCUAGGUCCUUGGAUGAAGUGAAGCCAGUUUGCAACCAACGUACCUGGAUCAGGAUUUAAAGAGUAAAUUGUCUCCAGAGUUGGAAUGGAUGUGGUCAGGUUGAAAUUCUGCUCCGGCCUGACAAGGAAAAACCAGCUGAUUUUUGGGUCUCCACCUUUGUCUCUGAGUCCUAAUGUGGCUCCCCCCUCCCCCCAGGUUUGCUAA